AUGGUUGACAACAACAGCAACAGCGAAAGAGUAGAAACUUCUGAGGGAGGGCAACUUCCAAGUGACCUCGUCCUUAGACUUGAGUGCAAGAUUUUAGAUUUGGAAGAAGAAGUAGCGCAUAUGCGCGAUUUGGCCAAGUUAUCUAUUUCUAUUGGAACCCAAUUUGGCGAAAAUAUAGACAAUCCUCCUCACUCUAACCAAACAACCAUGCUAAGCAAUCCCCCAACCAAUGUACCCCGACCUGAACCCACACAUCCAAACAUCUUCCCACCACUUCAUGCCCAAAAUACCCAAAUCCCAUUUUACCACUACCACCAACAAACUAAGCCAACUAUUCCAGAACCAAUUCCAAAUGCAAAUCCUGCAUAUACUCCCGGAAAUAACAACCUUAACCCCAUCUAUGUGGAAACUGUUCCCUUGAUCCAUAACUACCAUGAAUCAGAGUCCUCCCAAAAGGACAUUCUAAUAAAAACCCUGACCGAGAGAUUAGAUAACUUUGCCAGCAGGGUGCAACAUGUGGAAGGAAGCAAGAGGUUGGGAGGACUGAGCUACGAGGAUUUUUGUGUACAUCCCGACGUAGAACUGCCUGAACGAUACAAACUUCCAAAGUUUGAACUGUUUAAUGGGAUUGGAGAUCCCAAAGCCCACCUGCGAAUAUACUAUGACAAGCUUGUAGGGGUGGGGAGAGAUGAGAGGAUACUCAUGAAGUUGUUUAUGAGGAGUCUAACCGGAGAGGCUCUAUCCUGGUAUAUUGAACAAGACCCUCGAAAAUGGGAUGAGUGGGUAAACAUGGAAACAGACUUCAUGAAAAGGUUUGGAUUUAAUGUAGAAAAUGCACCUGAUUGGUUCUACAUCCAAAACUUGAAGAAAAAGCCCAGUGAAUCUUUCAGGGAUUACGCAAUAAGAUGGAGGUUUGAGGCGGCUAGGGCCAGACCUCCCAUGGAAGAAUCUCAGAUGAAAGACUACUUCAUCCGUGCUCAAGAACCACAAAAUUAUGAUAGGAUGAUGCUUGUAGCUGAGAAAAGUUUCGCUGAAAUUAUCAAAUUAGGCGAAAGAAUCAAAGAAGGCAUAAAAAAUGGGACUAUCAUCAAUCUGGAGGCCCUGUAA